UCAUCCAUACGUCACUGUCAACAAAUUCGUACAGAACCACUGAAUGGACAAAUCAAAGCAGUACUUUUUGAAAUAGUUCCGCUGGAAAACCGCUGACCUGGCAACACUGCGUAUUCGUUUUAGGAUCUGCGUGCAUUUUUCCAAAACUACAUCCAGGAAGAAACCGACGAACAAAAUUAAGAAUACAGAUUAAGGAUGGUUUCAACAAACUCUAGUGCCCCUGUGUGGAUGGAGACUGACUACCCUGACGUGGUGAUAGGUGUCGGAGAAGUAACACUUGGGGAGGACUGCAGGAACAAAAUGUCAGAUGGAAAGAAAAGAAAAGCUGAAAAAAACACACUUGUGAAAGUUGCAUGUGCUUUACUAAACUCAGGUGGAGGAAUUAUAGUUGCAAAGAGUAAAAAUAAAGAUUACAAUUAUGCAACAGAAAGUAUAGGUCAUGAUCUAGAACAAGGAUUUAGAGAGCUUGUUAAGCCCUCCUCAAUACAGGACCACUUUUCUUUUUUGCAGCAGGGAAUCAGUCUCUUAAUUUUUGUGAAAACCUGGUGCGCUGGACCUGCUAAUGAUGGAAGCACCAAAGCAAGGAUCUGCAGUGUUGAAUCUCACCUUUACAAAAGGUGUGGGACUUCAACAAUACAGAUAGUACCCACUGAGGCUGCAGAACUCCUGCAGAAGAAAAAAAUUGAGCAAAAGAGAAAUAGAGACAGACAGGAGGAACCUCCUGCAAAAAGGCCACUCCUUUCCAGCUCCAAUCAGAAUGUGGAAAUGCCAAACCCAGUCAAAUUGUUUUGCAGUAAGGAAUAUGUUAGGCUUGAGGAAACUUUAGAUUUUGGUGAAGAUAUUCAUGUGGAAUUGAAAAGUUUUGAAGGAAAGUCAUUUAGGACCAGGCUUUCAGAGAACCUGCCCAAAUAUAUGUCAACAUUUGCAAAUACAGAUGGAGGCUUUUUACUUAUUGGCGUAAACGAUAAAACAAAGAAGGUAGUGGGAUGUGGCAAAGAUGAAACCCAAAGUGACAUUCAAAACGAGGUGGACAAGGCAUUCAAAAAAAUGAUCAGUGUUCACUUUGAUAACUGUGAAAAACAGAAUCGUUUUGAAUAUUCCCUUGAAAUCAUAAACGUUUUAGGUGAAUCUGAUGCUCAUUGUGGCUUUAUACUGGCUCUAGAGAUAAAGAAAUUCUGUUGUGUGGUUUUCUCUGAAAGUCCGGAUUCUUGGAAGAUGGCUAAGAUAGAGAUAAAGAGGAUAGAAGCUGGAGAAUGGUUAGAAAUGAUGACCGGUACUGAUCCAGCGAUUGAUCAGCUUUGCCAGGGUUUUGAAAAGGAGCUAAGCAUGUCUGCUGCACCACCCCAAUGUAAACCAGUGUACGGAUUGAAAGGAAGUGCCCGUUUGGAUGCCCUGCAGAAUACACUGUACCCAGUGCAAACUGCUGGUAUAAAUGGUCGACCAGAGACUCUUUGCACAGAAAUGUUUACAAAGUAUCCGAACCUCGAAAACAUCAUGAAGCCAGAAGGAGGCAGAGGAGUCCUGAUCGUGUCCCGCAGCUGGGCCGUCGACCUUGACCAGGAGAAGAAUGAUGAAGUUGUGUUUGAUGCCUUACUGAUCUCUGAAAAUAGUCCCCCAACCCUGUACACAGUCGUACAGGAAGGCAAACCAGAUUUGUGGAAGCAUGCCAGAUUAACAGCUUUUCAGUUGAAGCAGAAGCUGGUGAAUCUUGGAGGAUAUACAGGAAUGAUCUGUGUAAUACCAAAACUCCUUGAGUGUCACUCGGGGGCUUUAAUUGAGAUGGAAAAGAGGCACUCUGAUUUCAAUUUUGAUGUUCAUUACCCAAAUAGAUAUGGUUCUCCAGAUAUUAAAGCCUUGCUCUGUUCCUUGGUGAUUGUUUUGCUGAGUUUCAGAUCAUGUGUGAGUGACCAGCUUGGUUGUGAGUUCCUGAAUCUGCUCACAGCAGAGCAGUUUGAAAUUCUUCAUUCAAAGUACUACUUUGAAGAUUUCAGAAAAGUGUUUGUUCAUGGUUUACCUGGAACGGGGAAGACGGUUAUAGCAGCACAACUCAUGAGAAAAAUCAAGAUCACACUGCAUUGCAAAACUGAAGAGAUUCUUUUCAUUUGUGAGAAUCAGCCUCUAAAACAUUUCAUGAGGAAACAAGACAUCAGUCAGUGUGUAACAAGGUGCACAUUUAUGAAAGAGGACUUCUCCAAAGUGAAGCACAUUGUAGUGGAUGAAGCCCAGAAUUUCCGUAUAGAUGAAGGUGACUGGUACAAAAAGGCAAAAAAUAUCUCCAAGAAUGGCGUGUUUUGGAUCUUCCUCGACUACUUUCAGACAAGUCAUACAGAGUAUAAUAGCCUGCCCCAUUUUGACAACCAGAGUCCUAGAGUUUGUCUAACUAUGGUUGUCCGGAAUGGCAGCAGAAUACAUGAUUUUAUCAUCCAGAAAAUGAGAAUUAUUGUAAGUAGUUGGUUCUCUAAAAGAGAUGUCGGCAUGAAGGAUCAUAUGAAAAAAUUGUGUAAUGAUGCUAAUUGUGCCCACAAAUUUUCAGGCAAACUUAAAAUUCUCCAAAAAACCCAAAUUGAAAUAAUUGAUUUUGUGAUUCUGACAAUACAAACACUUUUUAGUCAAGGCCACAGUAGUAAGGAUAUUGCGAUUCUCUGCUGUACAGAAAAGAAAUGUGAAAAGUACUAUUCACCUUUGCUUUUACAGUUGAGGAAAAAAAAAGAGCAGGUGAAUUUUGUUAAAGCAGAUGAUACAGAUAAAAAUUCCAUUGUUUUUGACAGCAUACGCAGGUUCUCCGGUCUAGAAAGAAACAUAGUGUUUGUUUUGAACCCAGUUGUACAUGAGUAUCAACAGGAGAUCGGGGAGAAUCUGUUGCUUACUGCUGCCUCUCGGGCACGUACACAGCUAUAUGUGUUAUACGAAACGCAAUAAGCUCUAGAUGUAGACAGUGAUGUAGCUUCUUAAGAUUUGGGUGGCCAUUCAAACCUGUGCUACAACCAGGAAAAGGGAAUAGUCAUUUUCCCUGACUGAUUCUCUUAGUGUUCAGUUACAAUUCCUUUACGUUAUGCCCCUGGGGAUGAUUUUUUUGUUCACAAAACAUAUCGAGUUUUUAAUGUUUAACGUAAUAAUUAUGUAUUAUGCUGUAAGCGUCUCGUGUAUUUUAGUGGUUAUUAUUCUAUGUACAUUGUUUCAGCUUGCUUGGAAAACAAGAGAAUUGAGCCCUUUUUUUCUUAGAUGGAACUAUGUAAUUGUCAGAGAACUUUAUUGAAAUAAAAAAAUCAAGCAUAAUACAAAGUAAUCUUUGAUCGUGUAGAUGUCCUGUUUUAGUCCGGUUUCAAGUGUCUAAUUAAGUUAUGAAUUUCCAUAAUAAAACGAGAGCAGAGCUGACCUUUGUUUGAAAGAUUCACAGUUUUGUCUUUUAAAUGUUUAAAAUUGUGUGAUGCAUGAUAAAACUGUAGACUGUUAAUAUUCUGAAUAUUAAUCAACUCUUAUUUUUUAAAUAAACUUUGAAUCACUUGUAUUUUUAUUUGACAUUUGUAUUAAAUAAAGGAAACCGUUUUAUGAAAGA